GUGUGUCAGCGACGUCCCGGCUGACCGCAUCGCGCGAACGAAACACUAACGAGUAAAUAAAUCGACUGUAAAUAAACGCACAGUGUGAUGGUGAGCGGUGACCGGUGCGGUUGCAGUGCGUUUUGUCGGCGACUGUUUUGCCGCGCUCGGCCGCCAGAGCCCGAGAGCCCUGAGGAUGUCGAAGAAGAAGUGCCGGUUACUUUGUGUCAGCUGGCCGAGGCCCGAGAUGUCAAGUUCAACCAAACCCUCCAGGAGCCGUUGGCGGUCGGGACACAUAUUCUCUGCACCGGCACACCCACAGAUGACUUACCAUGGUUCACAGUUAACAUAGGAUACGGAGACCCAAACAAUGGUACAGGGGACAUCGCAGUCCAUUUCAAUGUUCGGGUCCCGCAGUGCUACGUGGUGCGAAACACGCGGCGGCAUAACAAAUGGGGAAUAGAAGAAACUACUGCAUUUAGAUCAUUUCCCUUCAAAAUGGGCCGUCCGUUCACGAUAGAAGUGAUCGUGGACGAGACGGAGUCGUUCUGGGCGGUGGACGGGGAGCACUACUGCAACUACGCGCACCGGACGCCGUCGCCCGUCGGAGCACCCUGGCUGCAGGUAGCCGGGAUCCGAGACGCAACGCUCAAUGUGCAAAAAGCUGAAUUGUACCCGAUGCUGGCACCGCCUGCUGUAGAGGUCCCACUAAGACCUAGUUUAGAUGCGCCAGCUUCGGAAGAUGAACCGCUUUGGCGACCGAACAUCACAGCUCUAUUACCUAAAGGAAUCCCACCAGGGUACCAACUAGUCAUACAUGGAAGGCUCCGGCCCAUCCUCCACUCGUUCACGAUCAACCUUCAGGACGCGGCGCGCGACUGGCCCGCGCCCAACACGCCGCUGCACGUGAACGUGCGCGCGCACCACGAGUCGCACCGCGAGCGCCAGCUCGUCGUGCUCAACUCUUACCUGGGCGCCUGGGGGGACGAGAGGAGGCAGAGGACGGCCACACUAGUGCCUGGUACACAGAACACGUUCCGCAUCCUGCACGGGCCGGGCGAGUGGUCGGUGUUCGCCAACGACGUGCUCAUCGGCGAGCUGGAGCACCGCGCGGCGCCGGCGCUGGUGCGCGCCGUGCGCCUGCGCGGGGACCUGUUCCCCGGCGCCGUGUACCUGUGCCCCUCCUCGCACUCGCCCACCACGGAGGACUGGAAGGAUGUCUCCAACUGUUGAUGGGGGGGAGUUAUGAACCGAAGGUGAAACAAAGUGGAAGAUCUGAAGAAAUAGGAAAAAGGGGUGCAGGAUAAGUGCCUGAAACGAAUAGAAUAGAAUCUUUGACAUAUUAUUUUAUAAGUGUACCAGUCAUUGGAAAUGCUGCCUUGCAAAGUAAAUGUUUGGCUGAUCAAUAGAAGUAGGUACCUAGAUUGUUAUUUGUAUUGUAUUGUAUCACUAACUUCUGAUUUUUUUCUAUUAACUAAGGCGUAUGAUAAAGUUAUUGGUGUGCCUAAAGUUCUAAAAAACUGUUUACUCCUAAGAUAUGUUAGUAGGCAUUUUAACGAGAUUAUCUAUAAAAGAAAUAAUUGAUUGUAAUGUUUAUAGGUCUUCCUAAAUAUUUGGCUUACGAGAGAGUAUUACCAAGUUAUUCAGUAGAAUGCUUGAUGCUAUGCAUUGUAAAAUAAAUUAUUAUUGCACAUAAUCGUUACCUAAGGAACACUUGUACAAUUAGUCUAAGAUAUAUUAUGUAAUUUAUAGUUAAACGCAUUUAAAUAUAUGCUUAGUUAUUAUAUAGUGAAACCUGGUUAAGUGGGACCUGGAUAAGUGAGAAACCUCUAUAGCUGGGACUCAUGGUGCGGUCCCGACACUUUAUCACUGAAUUACCUCUGUUAGUGAGAUAAAACGAACCUCUAUAACUGGGAUUCGUUGUUGUGAUUUUAUAGUCACAUUUACCUCUAUAAUUUAGACAGAGAGUGUAUUUUACCUCUUUUACUGAGACUAUAUUUAUAAGAUUACAUUUUCAUAAUUGUUUUUUUUAGAAUUCUAUACGAAUUACCUCUGUAUCUGAGAGAACGACAAUCUAAGACCUCUCUAACUUGGACUUUAUUGAUCUAUUUCCGUAUUCUUACUAACUCUUAGUCUAUCCACAAAUUCCGCAUUUGCUUAAUUGUGUCUAAACGACUUCAAGUUUCAUUUAGUUACUUUAUGUAGUUAAAACUA